AUGGGCCAUUUAGGUUGGAGAGGCGGUUCAGAUCCUGGUUAUUCUGCGGGACCCUAUUCUCUUAAUGCUUCAACUUCUAGCAAUGGAGCUCGGAUUGAUGAUGAUAUAGCCCUCAUGGCCACCUUCCAUCGCAUUCGAGAUUUCUGGGCCGAAAGGUUUGCUUCAUUAUCCUUCAUGAUCUUCAUUUCGAAUCUUCAGAUCGGUAUGGACACCAAUGUCCCCGGCUUUGAUGACUUGGCAUGGGAGGGUACUCCCAAUGGAAGAGUUUUUGCUUCCAACUUGGUCGUAACAUGUGAAGGCUUCUUCAAUGAACCACACACAGAUUUCGAUCAUACCCGCUAUGCUUUUGGUUUCAACUGCCUCAUUGAUCGAGUAACUGGUGAGCUACAUGAAGCUAAUGGCCCUUCAAAUAAGGGCACUAUCGUGGGAUCCAUGUUUAUCAUGAGGGACUUUGAUAUAAUUGUGGACUAUGAUGGAUGUGAUGGUAUUUAUGAAAGUAUUUGGGAUACCACGAUGUCUCAUUAUACUGCCGAAUCCUUAUGUUUUGAUGAAGAAGGCGAUGAAAUAUGUCCUAAAAAGUGCGCUAUCACAAGAUUUGGUUCUUCUGCACAGGUAGCACAAACACUUGUCGAACGUAUCAGGCUGGUUGAAAAGUCAAAAGAUGAUAUGACUCCAGCACAGUGGGAAGACUAUAGAAAGAGGAAGGUGAAAAGUUAUGAAGCGGAGACUAGUUUCAAACAUGCUAGAAAUAUUGCUAAUGCAGCACUUUGUGCAGAGAGGGCUAAAUUGAAAAGGGAAGCUAAGGUGGCAGCACUCUUCAAAGCCCCCAAAAAAACAUGA